AUGCACGAGGCAUGGAAAAGCUUCGAUAAAGUUAAAGGAGAAAAUGGUGCAAUAUGGGCCAUAUGUAAAGAAUGUAACAAGAAGUAUCAAGGGGAAAGCAUAAAGAGAACUUCAAAUCCGCACGAACGAGUGGAAAAGUUGUUCGAUCUUCUUGUCCAAGAUACAUUUUAUGAUAUACAAAGUGUGUUUCACAAGAUACUAGAAACAAUCAAAUAUGUCAAUGGGACACCAAAUAAAAGAGUGAAGUUUCAAGAAGCAAGUAAUCUAGUGAAGUCGCAAGAUAAGAAAAUAGCUUCGCAUGAUGAUCCUACAAGAUGGGAUAUCUCAUUUACGGUGCUCGAGAGAGCAAUGCAUUUAGAAUAA